AUGAGACUGUGGGGAGGGGACCGGGUGCGGGUCGUGAGGCUCGGAGCCCCCCCCCCCGAUCAGGCGUGGCCCCGGGCCACAGCUGCCGCCGCGGCCUCGCAGCCCUACCCGGGCUGCCUGCGGCCAGGGGACUUGCCGGCACCGAUCCCCGCGAACCCGAAGUGGUACGCUCGCAGGCAAGAGCGCAGGGCGCUGGCUCGCGAGAGGGCGGACGCCAGGCGGCUCGACGUCGGGCAGAGCAGUGGCCACGCGCCAGAGCUGUCCACGGCGGAGGUCGCUGAUCCCGAGCGGUACACCAGGUACCUUGAUUGGCGUGCGCGUAGACUUGAGGACCAGGCGGCGCGCUUCCGCGCCUGCACCGCCGGGGCGCCCACGCUCUGCGUGGACUGCGAGUGGGAGCCCGCCAUGGCGGACCGGGAGCUGCACGGCCUCGCGAGGACUCUGAUGAGGUGCUACGGGAGCAACCGGAGGGCGAGCAGGCCCUUCGAGCUGGUGUUUUCUGGCAUCGAGCGCGGCUCCCGGAUGGACGAGACCCUGCAGCGGCUCGCGAACUACGGGCGGUGGGGCCCGUUCGCGCGGGUCUCGGCGCAGCCCUACGUCGGCCUCUUCCCUGGCGCCAGGCUGGUGUACCUCUCGCCCGACGGCGACGGGGUGGCCGAGGACUCCAGCCAGGGGCGAAGCAGAAACAACGGCAUGAGCACAAAGUGUCGGAGCUCUGCGCGGAUUCCUCGGAUCGGCGCUGGGGGGCCCUCCGGCGGCGCCUCCGCCCCUGGCGCGCUCCGUGCGGUAGGGACGGGGGGGCCAGCGCAGAUCCAAGACAUCCGCGCGUAGCGCCAACAGUUUAUGUUUGUGCAGUUGUUCUUCUUCUUCGACAGGGGUCAGGUCAGGAGUGGGUGAACAAGCAAUGGCACAAACAGAACAUGACGGAGGUCCGCGUGGAUUCCUCGGAUCGGCGUUGGGGCCCCCUGGCAGCGCCUCCGGCGCCGCCCCUUCGCGAUCCGCGACAGGGAGGGGGGGUCCAGCGCCGAUCGGAGAACUCCGCUCGGAACUCCAAGUUUUCGUGUUUGCGUCAAUAGUUGUUUCCCUAAGAAUCCCUGUUGUGCUUUUUCUGAUGGCGGCGCACGCCCUUCUCUCAGCCCCAG